AUGGCUCUGAAUGAUCUCAUUACAGAGCUUCAAAGUCCCAACUUUCAAUUGGAGGAAUCAACAGAAAAAAAAGUUGUGGACAAAGUUCUCUUGCUGAUGAAGGACAAGAAUGGUGAAGUACAGAAUCAAGCUGUAAAAUGUCUUGGAUCGCUUGUAAAGAAAGUACAGGAAGCUCAACUGCAACAGAUUGUCGAUAAUCUGUGUGCAUUCGUGUCACAAGACAAGGAAGAUCUAAGAGAAAUUGCGAGUAUUGGUCUCAAAACAGUCAUUGUCCAAGUACCUGUCAAUUCGGUGGUUGCAGUCAAUGUUUGCAAGCGACUUGUGCCGCGGUUAUUGUCACAAUUGGAGAAUCCCAACGCCAGUUAUGAUGCGCAAAUGGAUGCGCUUGACAUCCUUAGUGAGGUGCUUCUCAGAUUUGGAAACAUUCUUGCGACUACAAACCUUCAGAAACAGACUGCCAACACUCUUUUCAUACUCUUGGGCCACUCCCGUCCAGCAUUACGCAAACGUGCAACCCUUGCCAUUGGGCAUCUCGUCGUACAUGUUCCUGAUGACAUUUUUGAGGACCUCUUAAAGAAAAUUUUAAAUGGAUUGGAAACAUCAAAGAACUCACCUGACCGUUUGCGCACAUAUAUUCAGGCCACUGGCACUAUCAGUCGGUCCAAUGCUCCGCGAUUUGGCAAGUUCUUGUCGGGGGUUGCUCCGUCUGUAAUCAAAUAUUCUGAACUAGACGAUGACGAGCUGCGUGAGAAUUCCUUACAGGCUCUUGAGGCAUUUGUUCUCCGAUGCCCCACUGAGAUCACCCCUUAUAUUGACACUAUUAUUGAUCUUGGAUUGAAAUUCCUUCGUCAUGAUCCCAACUAUGAUGAUGGUGAUGAUGAUGAAGACGAUGAGGAUGAAAACAUGGGUAGCGAUGACGGAGAUGAUGAGGAAGACGAGGAUGAUGGUGAUUACUCGGACGAUGAUGACAUGUCAUGGAAGGUUCGUCGCACAUCUGCCAAGCUGCUUUCAGCUAUCAUUGGUACUCGCCAGGAUCUACUUGGACAGCUUUACGCAAACAUUGCACCUUCGCUAAUCAGUCGCUUCAAAGAGCGUGAAGAGACUGUCCGUGUAGAGAUUCUGCAAACUUUUAUUACCUUGCUUCGCCAGACCAACACAUAUGGGGGUGCAGAGUAUGAGAUUGAUGCAGGCCUCGAGAGUCUCGCCAAGAAACGAAAGGGAAGCCGCCCUGGAACGCCCAUCGAGACUGACCAGAGUCCCAAGGCUCUAUUGCGUAACCAAGUGCCUCGUUUGACUAAAAAUUUGGCAAAGCAGAUGUUGACAAAGUCUGUGCAGACGCGUGUUUUAGGGUAUAUUCUGCUUAAGGAGUUAGUCACAGUUCUGAAAGGAGGCUUAGAGAACACUUUCAUGCUCUUUAUUCCAUCUAUCCAGCAAUCACUUUCCACGGCCUCGCAUACAGAUCACCAUCACUUGGGCACCAACUCCAACUUGAAAAUUGAGGCACUCGGAUUCCUUCGCAGCCUUUUCCGCACACACUCUUCUGAUGUUUUUCAAAAGCAUCUCGGCCAGUUAUGUCCACCAGUCAUUGCUGCAAUUCAGGACAAAUUCUACAAAAUCUCUUCAGAGGCGUUGGUUUGUUGUAUUGAAUUGAUCAAGGUCGUUCGCCACAUGGGCUUUGAUGGAGAUGCGCAGCGCUAUUCGUACACCGACUUGGACCCUGAAGCCAGGCCCUAUGUCCUUCAGAUAUACAACGUUAUUUUGCAGCGGGUUUCUACGGCCGAUGCCGACCAGGAAGUCAAGGAACGCAGCAUCCUUUGUUUAGGUGUUCUUUUGUCACGUGUUGGCGAUGAGCUCAAGCAGGAACUAACCACCUGCCUACCCCUUUUAUUGGAGAAGCUUCAGAAUGAGCUCACACGCUUGAUGGCUGUCAAGACAUUGACGCAAAUCGUUGAGAGUCCUGUCUGUGCUGAGGCUGAUAUUAAGCCCUACAUCCUGAAGGCCAUUCCCGAAGUCGCUUCACUCUUGCGAAAGAGCAACCGUCCUCUCAAGGUAGCAAGUCUCCAUUUCCUGGAUGUAUUGCCUGUCCAGACUUAUGACGAACUACUAAACGAACUGAAACCAUUGAUCACAGAUGAAGAUCUUCAUCUUCUACCUCUCGGGUUGACCUCUGUUGUAUCGAUUCUUCACGCUAACCCGGCCAGUAUCAAUGUUGUCAAGCAAGAAAUUAUGUCAUCUGUUCUCAAGCUUGUCCGCUCACCACUGAUCCAGGGACAGGCUUUGGAUAGCCUGUUGGCAUUGUUUGCAGCCCUUGUUCGGACCAAUGACAAAGAAUUUCCAACCUUAAUCAGUGGCCUAGUUGAGCCAGUGGCGGUCUCUACGCCUGAAGGCCAACUUGCCCUGCCUAAACAGGCAUUCUCUACAAUUGCUCAGUGUAUUGCAAUCCUUUGCGUUAAUUCGGACAAGAACCAGGAGAUGACCGUGGCUGAAUUUGUGCGCAAGAUUGAGGAUCCACAUACGACGGACUCGCUCAAGUAUUUGUCUUUGGUUGCAUUGGGCGAAAUUGGUCGUCGUGCCUCUUUGAGCGAUCAUAAGACCCUUCAUACAUCGAUCUUGGCGAUGUUCGACGUCCAUUCGGAAGAGGUCCGAUCAGCUGCUGCAUUUGCCAUUGGCAAUGUCAGUGCAGGCAAUGUUGAAGUAUAUGUCCCUAUCAUCAUGCAGGAGAUCAAAGCGGAUCCUAAGAAACGAUACCUACUUUUGCAUGCCCUCAAAGAGGUCAUUACUCGCUAUACUCACAAGCAGGGUGGCCAGGAAUUGGAGGCUCAUGCUUCAGAGAUAUGGACGCUCUUGUUCGACAACUGCGAGAGUCAAGAAGAGGGUACACGAAAUGUUGUUGCAGAAUGUCUUGGAAAGCUUACCCUGACCAACCCCUACAAGUUCUUACCUGAGCUUCAGGCUCGUCUGAAGUCAGAAUCCGCUCAGAUCCGCGGCACAGUUGUUUCGGCAUUCAAAUACACGUUUACGGAUAAUACUCGCAGUUAUGAUGAGCUCCUUCGUCCUCUAAUUGUAGAGUUCUUGUCGCUUAUGAAGGAUAAGGAUCUCAACGUCCGUCGUCUAUCGCUAUCAACAUUGGACUCGGCAGCACAUAACAAGCCAUACUUGAUCCGGGAUGUCCUCGGACAAUUGCUGCCUUUGCUUUACCAGGAAACAAAUAUCGUAGAAGAGCUCAUUCAUAUAGUAGAGAUGGGACCAUUCAAGCACAGAGUAGAUGAUGGUCUCGAGAUCCGCAAGUCUGCAUUCGAGUGCAUGUACACGCUUUUGGAGAAAUGCAGAGAUAAGGUUGAAAUCUUUGCAUUUAUCGAUCGUAUCCUUGUUGGUCUCGUUGAUCAGCCAGAUAUCAAAAUGCUCUGUCAUUUAACACUCGUCCGUCUCUCAAUUGUCGCGCCUACUGCGGUUGCACAAAGGCUAGAUGACAUGGUGGAGCCAUUGCAUGCAACUCUAAACUUCAAGCUUAAGCCUACGGCAGUGAAGCAAGAGUUGGAAAAGAAUCAGGAGCUGGUACGGUCUGCUCUUCGUGCAAUCGCGUUUUUAUCCAAGCUUGCAGAUCCUGCGCUGACCCCCAAAUUUGAGCAAUUUGUACACGAGGUCCGAAUGGGGCCCAAUGCUUAUGACCUUAACCAAUACAUUGCAGAGAGCGAGAGCCGUGAUGACUUAUACUCUAGCCACUUUAGGGGCGAAGCCAUGGAUCUUAGCUAA